UUACCAGCCAAAUCUAUUGUAGUUGCCUAUCGAAAAAAGGAAGGAGCUCUAUUCAAAUUAUUGUGUACACAACAACAAUUGAGCUAAAACGUCUUUUAAGUAGUCUCCCUUGACAAUUUUUUGACGGUUUCACAAAAAUAUUUAUUUUCACUUCACUUGGCGUUCUUUUUUUGUCUUUCAUUUCUGCAAAAUUAUUUCGACUAUGUCGUUUUCAAAGGUGUUCUGAGCCAACCACUUCUGUUCUGCUCAAAAAUCCAUUAGAGUUGAUAAUUUCCGCCUCACAUAGACGGAGAUUUAAACACAUUUUUAGCUGAUCGUUUCCGUCACAAAUUAUUUUAGACGUUUUAAUUUGCAUUUUUAAACUUGAUAUUUUUGUUUUCCUUCAAGGGCUUACUCUGCAGAAAGCAAAAAUUAUUACUUAAUUUUUCGCUAUCAUUUUAUGAAAUUAAGCCUGUCAAAAUAGUCCUUAAGCUACAGUUUAUUCAGAGCAUACGAAAUUUUUCCCGACUUGUAUACCCCUUUAAUGUGCUCAAAAAUAGAAAAAAGGCGCGAACUUAUUUAAUUUGCGAUGGAUUUACUUUUUAUAAAAAUGGGAAAUUACAAGUUAUAAAUUCUUGACGGAUGUUGUUCCGGGUUAUUAUCACUUGCAUACUAUUAUAUUAGCAAUACACUGGGCAAAAUACCCUUUCAGAAAGAGGGAGAGGGAACUGCUUUCGGGGGCAUUUUGGUGUCAGCUAGUACACCAUGUGUAUAUUUAUUUGUUCCCAAAUAUGCAUUAAUGUUAUUAAACUUUUUUUCAAAAAGUGACACAACCCAAAGCUCAAAGGAAUUGAGCUUAGACCCGAACUGCUAAAGUUGUCAAGCUUAAGCCCAGAACAAAAGAGAAAUUGGCCCGUAUACGCAAGUGAAAAGAAAGGCAAAAUCGGCCCAAAUUAAAUGCGAAAUCCCCCAUUUUUAAACAAUUUGACUAUUCGAGACCCGUUUUUAAUUUGCGUCUCCCAACCCCAUCAAGAACUUUUUCACUUUCAAGACGAAGUUCAAACCCAACACUUCGAUUUAAUUUCACGCUCCUCGGAACUUUUUAUAUUAGGAGAAAUUUAAUAUAUUCGAUUUUUACUACGGUAUAUUACCAAGUUUCCUAAUUCACAGGGUGCCUUGAUGCGGCUGGUUUUCCACAAUAUAAUUAAUUAAUCUAGUAAGAGUUGUCAAAGAUUAACAAUUCCCCAUUCGAAAAUAUUUUCGGCGGCUAAACCAAUUUCGUAACUUUAUUAACCUAAGAUCACUUACGAUUUGCAUAAUGAAAUUCAAGAAUUAUUAUUAUGCCAUUUAACUUCUCAAGGAAAGUCGCCGUUUUUACUUGGUGAAAAGUCAUCUGAAAUCGUGAAGAAAUAUUACCAUAGUUUUCACGCCCAGAUAUUGAAACUUCCGGACUACCUAAGAUAAACCCGUCCAUCUCAAGACAGACAUUUCCGACAGCUAUCGCGCUUACUUUACAAAAAUCUUGAACCCUAUUGAUUGCAAAUUUAUUAUUGCGUCAAAAGUAAUUUGCAACAUUUGCUUUUUAAACAACUCCCAGCUAACUGUGAACCAAUUUUGAACUAAAGGGAAAAAUUUGACUAAUUUUCAACUAAACAGCAACUUCGAAGGGUGUUCGCAACACUGAGAAUAGUUCAAUUUCAAGUCUUUAGCUCUAUUUGGAUUCAAAGAGCAAACGGAAAAAUGCCAAUUGCAUAACUACUUAACUUGUCUUCAAACAAAAAAGGAAAUCUGUGUUUUGCGGCAAAGUCAGACCAAAUAAUUUUCGCUCGCUUACAAGGUUAUUUUUUACCUUUGAACAUCUAGUUAGCAGUUACCAUAAAGACUUUCCGGUUAUAAAUUGAAUAUAACUGAAAUUUUAUCAAAACACGACAGAGCCUCAUCAUACCAGAACAGUUGGUUGUCUAAUAAAACGACGGAAGAAUUGUCAGAGAAAAAGUAAUCGUUAAUACCGAGCUCAUAUUUGAAGAAGAAAGCCUAUUUGACGAAGAAAGACUUUUCUAAUUUUACCAGAAAAAAAAAGAGAGAGAAAAGAAAAUGGAUCCGAACAGUGACGUCAGAUUGAUGCAGAACCGUUCCAUGGGGGGAAUGGGGGGCAAGUCGAGGGGGAGGGUGAACAGGGGGGCUGCUGCUCACUACAGGGGUCAAAGGAACAUCCGACAGCGUCAACUGCAGCACUCGGCUGUCGCUGCACAGCAGCGAAAUGUCGGGGCCGAUAUCGGUGAGUCAUCUCUGGACGGAAUGAUGAUAGGUCACGUGCUAAAAGCAGUGGUCAAGGACACCACUGAUGACGGUGACUGGAUAGACAAGCUGCACCACCGAUACACUUCUGUUCUAUUUGUAGUUCUAGCUAUUCUUGUCAGCACAAAACAAUACGUGGGAGAGCCGAUCAACUGCUGGUGUCCCGCACACUUCUCGCGUGCGUGGGUGGAGUACACGAACAACAUCUGCUGGAUCUCGAAUACCUACUACUCCCCCAUGGACCGGGAAGUCAAGUUCGCCAAGUCCCGCGUGCACAACGAGAUAAAAUACUACCAGUGGAUCCCACUUCUGAUAUCAAUCCAGGGAAUUAUGUUCUAUAUCCCACGUGUGGUGUGGAAGACCCUCUCAUUGUCUGCGGGAAUAGACGUGAGCAAACUGGUCAACUACUUGUCCACUUUCGAGAGUGUCCUUGACCCCGACAGGUGGGAGAAGACACUGAGCUACACAGCUGUUCAUCUGGACAGGUUCUGCAACACACAUCGAGACCUAAACACAGGAUGGGGGUCCAAAAUGCGUCGCUACUUGACGAAGAUCUUCUUCCCCGUCUGUAGCAGGAGAUAUGGCAACGUCCUCAUAAUAGACUACAUUAUAUGCAAACUGCUCUAUCUUCUCAACGUAUUAGUGCAAUUGUUCGCUCUGGAUGUGUGGCUGGGCGCCAACUACCAUCAGUAUGGAAUUGAAGUGAUGGUCAAUCUGAUCAAGAAGUUACCCUGGUCAAACGGACGUCGAUUUCCUCAAGUCACCCUUUGCGACUUCUCAACACGAGAUCUCGGCCAAACUCAUAACUUCACCGUUCAGUGUGUGAUGACGAUCAAUAUCUUCAAUGAAAAGAUUUACCUUUUCAUUUGGUUUUGGCUCGUGUUUGUUGGAGUUGCAACUGUUAUCAACUUUUUUGAAUGGAUGUAUCGAAUAAUUUGUUUCUUCGAUCGUUCAAACUACAUUAAAAAACAUCUCAAACUUGCCGACAGAUAUUGCACAGAAGAAGACAAAAAACUGUGCCGAAAAUUUAUUGAAAACUAUUUGAAACCCGACGGAGUUUUCGUCAUUCGGCUCAUUUCGAAAAACACGAACAGUAUUUUGGUUUCGGAACUCGUCGCUCAUCUUUGGGACACCUUUCGGGUCAAAAUGCUCUCAGCGCAUUCCGGCAACACGCACGUGAGUGUUUCGGGUGAGGUUCGCCCCUGGAAUAUGCACCCGGUGUUGGUCCACCGUAGAAACUCGAGGGCGUGCGACUCGCCGACGGAUCACAGAGGAGAUCACAGCAGUGGGGGAGAUGAUAAUAGUCCUACGCAUUCAAAACACGACAGAACGCGACAGAAUUCCAUUUUCGAUUCUGCUUAUUUUUUCACUCCUGGCACCAAUCGGAGACGACCCAGUACUCUUCCGAGUACCAAGUACGCAACCCUCGGAACCCCCUCGCACCACGGGGGUAAAAUGGACAACGGGAUCCACUCCCCCACCUCGGAUAACACCUCUGAAUACACCCACGGAAACGACCAUACCCCCCACCACGAAACUUCACACAAAUCGCAUCAUGAUCACCGCUCGACGCAUCAUGACCCGCACGACACUCGUGACCACAGUCCAUACAAGGACCAUGAGUUCGACCAUGCCACUUCGCCGACUCUCUUAGUUCCCCCACCCGUGUCCAUAUCAUUGAGACAUCAAGAACAACAGCAAAAAGAGCAACAAGAACAAAAACAAGACAACUCAAAAGAGCAAUCUAAGCAGGAGAAAAACGGCAAAGAUAAACUGCAAUUACCCUCUUCUAAAUCUAAACAUGGAAACAGUGCCAAAAAACCCUCGUCCAAAAGCACCAAAGCGCCCAAGUUGUCCAAAGCUUCAACUCUACCCAAAAAGUAGCCAGUACUAAUUAGCAUAAUAACAAAAGUAGCAAUUAGUCGUAUUAACAGUCCCCCUCCCUUCUUGUAAAAAAAAUUAUGUUCAAGAUUGUGAGUUCUAUUUUCAACCCUUUUCUUAAUACAAGCCUUUAUGUAUUUCGCAGGGAGGGCUUCGUUUUAUGGUUUUUCAUGGGCCAUAGGGUGGGGGGAUCGUUAGCAAUUAUUUAAGGGCUAAAACAAUAGUAUUAGUUAGAAAUAAUUAGCAUUUUAAAAUCUCUCUUGCACAUAACACAGAGUAAAUUAUUUUAUAUUUAAAAGCUGAAUUAAUAAUUGGAUUGCCAAAUUAAAAUGAAUGAAUUAUGUACAAACAGUUUUUGUUUAAGCUAUUUUUUCUAAAUUAUAUCAAUCAAAAUUUAAGUAUUCAUUUUGUGUACACAAUUUAAC